AUGUCACCAACAAACAUGGCCACAACUGACGUAGGAGAUGAGUUGGAACUGACAUGUACUGCUAAUAUAGGAAGCUUUUCAGCAACCAUUAUUCGCUGGCAUAGAACUUCUGAAACUUCACCUAGCGAUGAAUUUAUUGACUAUCAACAGCCACAAGAUGAGAAUCCUUUCAUUGCAGGUACUGGCGUUUCAACGGCUGCUUUAGUGGGGGCUGUUGUUUCCGCACUAGUUGUUGGGAUUCUUUUAGGAGUGGUUUUAACAAAGUUUUAUCAACGUUUUAAAAGAACAGGAGACAGGACGAAUUAUCAGCCUCAACAAAUUGAGUUUCAAGAAACAGAGAUAAGUGAUGUGGCCCUGCCAGCGAAUACGUAUGAACAGCUUCAAAACAGAACGAAUACGGAGGGAAGAAUGACCUACGACUCGCUAAAUGUGAGUUCCAGUGAAUCACCAAUAAGCCCAAUAGAAUAUGAAGAUAUGGAUCAUGGAUCAAAAAUACCCCACACUUAUGCCGAUGUAAACUGAUAAUAUGGAUACAUUUUGAGAUGACUCCUGCUGACUUAAAGCAUAAUGAAAGUUAACAUCAUGAACACAUUAUUUAAUGAUAUUAUCUAGAUGUAUCACUUUGAGAUUUAUAAAUUCAACAACUA